AUGACCCAUAUUUCCUUCAAAUCCACUUUGCAUCACUGGCUUUGUUAUUCCCAAAGGCAGCUAUUACUCGAUUUGCGUCCCUUGCACGAUCAUUAUACUCGCAGAAUUAUUCCUUCAACUUGCAUUCCUCUCGCUAAUAUUAAAAAACAUUUAUUUGAACUCCCCCCAAAAUCUUUACCGUUUGCAGUAUUAGAACCCCAUGGCCACAGGGGAGUUACUCAUAAAUUGCUAAUAGACCAAGGCUGGAAUGUUCCUUGGAUCCUAAUUGAGGGAGAAGAAUUAUGGAAAGUUAGUAGAGAGCUUGGAAUUUUAGAAGAAAUUGACAAAAAUAAUGAUAGCGUAAAAAAUUACGACACCGAAAAAGAUGAAUUAAACCUUUAUUCAAAUCGAUCUAGAUGGGUAUUAUUUCAACCUAGUCCUUUCUUGAUGAAUAAUAUAGAUUUCAUCGAAGAAUCACUCAAAACAUUAUCAAAGAAUCAUGUUUUUAAUUGUCUUGAUGUUGCAUGUGGAAGUGGAAGAGAUGUUGCAUGGUUAAGUUUGCGUCAAACGGUUGAUUGGCGUAUUACUGCAAUAGACUCAAUGUCUAGAGCUUUGGAUCGCACAAGACAAUUGACAUCAAGGUCAGGCGUCUUGGAUAAAAUUCAAACCGUUCAUGUUAAAAUCAUGGCAAAUGGAUCGGUCAAAAAAAAUCAAGAACUAUCAACACCACCACAAAUGUCGCUAUCAAAAGUCGAUGGUAAUAGUGAGGUUGAUACUCGACCAAAAUUAGAUAAAAAAAUCAUCAUGGAAAAUCAAAUUGAAUUUUUAAAUAAAAAAUAUGAUCUCGUACUAACAAUUCGUUUUUUAAACCGAGAAUUCUUAUCAACUAUGGCAAAUCUCGUAAAACCCGAUGGAUUUCUUUUAAUUAGCACGUUCGUUAAUGAUGGAAAACAUACUUAUAAGAAUCCAAAAAGUAAUUCUAAUAGAUUAGAGCUUGGUGAACUUGACAUUAAAUUUCGAAAAGAAUUUGAGGUUAUAAAAGAUGAAGUUGAAUUAAUCGAAGAUGGAAGACCAGUGAAUUCAUUCCUUGCAAGAAAAAAAAGGGAAAUAUAA